AUGACAUCCAAAAGUUAUGAACAAAAAUCACGUAUGAGUCCAUAUGUACGAAAGAUCAAUCUUCUUAAUAACAAUAGACGAACCAGGAAGAAACCUCCAAAGAUAUGCCCCGAUUGUAAAGAGACAAAUAAUUGCGUAAAAUUAUUUUCUGGCAAAGUUCAUAGAAUUGAAGAAAUUGUUGAUAACUUUAUUAAUGAAUUUCCAAAAAAUAAGACAGAAAACUUUUCGAUUUUUAAUGUCAAGUUUUCAAAUAACGGUAUUCCUUGCGAAUUAGAAUACAACUUGUCAGAUUUCAGUUUUGAAGAAUUACAAAAUUUAUUAGCUUAG